AUGGAUCAAGCAAAACAGUGUAUAUCUGCCAAUCAAAGAAGUGUCAAUGGACUAGGCGGGCUGAUCGGACUUCGCGUCAAUCCUCAUUGUAUCGCCUUACCCGACUCAAUGGCUUCAAGCAUCAACUCGGGUGCUGGUGUCGCAACGGACUCAGCAUCUGUACCUCAGCUUGCAAACUUGCUGCCUCGUUCUUCAAGGUCUACAGACACUCUUCGGCCGACUGAUUCAUUUUUAACUGUCCAUGAUGUAGAUGCUGAUUCUCGAGAUCUUAAGUGUGAUAACCUCCAGACCAGCCAAGCUGAUUCAUCUGAGGCGAUGGGCAAACCCGUUGUAUUUCUGGAAUAUGGUGACUUAUGA